CACACUGCACUCCCAAGUCUAUAAAAGUGUCGUGGAUGGACAAUUCCAGCAGUGAGAAAAGAGAGACCAGUGGAAGAGAACGUGGGAUUAUUGAAAGUGUCAACCGUCGAAGCAGAUUCGGGACUAUAACGCUGCUGUCAGCUCUUCGAAAUCCGAUUCCGGCCUCAGAUCUACAAGCAGGAGAAAAUGGUUUCUUUGGCGAUGUCCUCGCUGUUUUCGCUGACCAUGUGCGUGCUUCUGGUAUCCGUGACUUCAAAUCCAGUGACGUCACAACCAGAUCGCAACUUCUUUUGCUUCAGCCACCGCACACCCAUCGGAAAGAGGGGCAAGUGUAGGGACAAAAUAGCUCCCGCUCAGAAUUUGACCCAAUGGGAUCCCGCGACCUGCUGCAGAGCGGGAGGCAGUGGUUGGUCCCACAGGGCAAACGGCAAGCGUUGCGAAGCCGCCUGUGCUGAGAAUGAGCCUCCGCGGCCCACUCCACAGGAAACUGAGCAUGGACCCGUCCCGAUGGAGUCCUUCGAGAUGAUCCUGGAUGUAGGACAAGCUUCGAACGGUUCAACAAACUAUGAUAAUGUAACGUGGAGUGAGUGGGGCACGUGGUCCAACUGCUCGGCCCAAUGUGGGAUCGGGAAUAAGACAAGGACAAGGACAUGUCUACGAGAGCUCGCUCGUAACAGCACGAGUGAGGACGAGGCUGUUCCAUGUGUGAAAGAGCUCGCUUGUAACUACACGAGUGAGGCAGAGGCUGUCCCGUGUGUGAAAGAGCUCGCUUGUAACGACACGAGUGAGGAAGAGACUGUCCCAUGUGACACCAAUGUUACUUGUAUAGCUGUCUUUUCCCCGGUCCACGGAAGGUGGACCGGCUGGAGUGAAUGGUCUGAAUGCAACCAGACAGACCCAUGUAUGCCCAACUCCUUCCAGAUGAGCAACCGUUCUUGUACCGCUCCUUCGCCGGCAAACGGUGGGCGGUUUUGCCGCGGUCCCUCCACGAGAACUCGCCCCUGCAGCCGGAGGAACUGUGGACCGCCCCGCGGCAGCUCAGGUCAAUGGUCCAGCUGGGGCGAAUGGAGCCUUUGUUCUGCCACCAAGUGCGGAGAUGCUGGCUAUAAGUAUCGGGAAAGACAAUGUGUGGGAGUUGCCACUUGUGUCGGCUCAUUUGUCGACCUGGAGCUGUGCCAGGCGCCGUGCUAAGAGUGCCCGACGCCGGCGGGGACGAAGCAAGGAUCGACAAGGUCGGUGCCUCGCUGGGAAUGUUGUCGCUUCACCUGCAGCCUGAUGAGCGGGAGCAUCUAACGGGCUUAUCGGGUGGGAUUCCUCCACCGUAGCUGCUUGAUUUCAUAAGCAUUUUGGGCUAUCAAAUCAAUCGAUCGACCAGUGUCUCUGUGGGUCCUUGUGUAAUGACACAUAUUACAGUAAGUUGUUGAAUUGACCAGUCGCUUCAUACAUCCAUCAGGUGUGACCAACAGCCGUCAAUGUGUGCAGCUGCAAAUUUUGGACCCCUUUUGAGAAAAAUGUAUGCGAAACACGACGGAAACUUCGAAUUUGUUAAGACCUUGCUCUUUGUAAUUAUUUCUUUGUGGUUAAGCGGGCAAACCAACUUGUGUCAGGCUAUACCGUUUUGUCGUACUAGCUCACAGAUUAGAAUUCUAACUCAAGGAUUUAUGGAAAAUUCCCCGAACCUCUUGAAGUUAUACUUAGAUUUAAUUAUAUACAUUCUGGGAUUAUCAUAAAGAGGCUUCAAGUGCAAACACUUCUUCCCCUUUUCUGACUUAUUUUAACUUAAAUAGUGGGACUCUCAACGUUGAAGAUAAUGGACUGUUCUGAUAGUUUAAAGUUGUUUUUUUAACUCAAGAAAAAGAAUAUUGUAUCGAAACCUGGAGAAUGUUGUCCGCAAUGUAGUUUAUAAAUAGGGUUUAAAUGACUUCUAGAAGAAAAUAUCCAGUUCGGGCUUUAUACUACUUUUGAAUUAGGUUUUGAAUAUUUAUAUCGGUUACAAAAUCGAAAACUCGCUCAAGAAAAGAUUUGACUUUAGUGAUGAACUUUUCAGCAGCUGCAAGGCUUCCUCUGUAUAUCCCACGAUUGACCACUUAUUAUUUAUGUAAACAUAUUUGUUUCUUUACUCGUAUCUUUCGUUAAUAAUUUAUCCAAUGUUGUUUUGUAUUUAGAUGCUCUUUUGUCUUGUGCCACUGGCUAACAGUGUAUAUGUAUUUGAUGAUCGUUGAUUGUAUUCCGAAAUAAGAGUCAUUUGGGGAUUUCCUUAAACUAUAUGUAUAUAAUUAAAAUAUAUCUGAUGUACAUUGUACAUGUAAGUUAACAUGUUCUGUUCUUGCAGACAUUACCUGUGAAACACGUUCAUUCUGAACAGACUAUUCUAUUUUAAAAGAUUCCUUACCUAACAAAGUUUCGCCGUCCCUGGUUUAAUCGAGAGCCCGUCACGUGGCUAGUCUUAAACGAAUGCCAUAAAGCACCGGCUGGUUAGUCGCGUCCCGCGUCACCUCACGCAUGCGCGCGCCACGCACGCGCCAAUCUCCAUUUAAAGUGAAUGAAAUACGAAAACUCGCAGAAGGCACAUGACGGAAAAGGUGUUUUAGAAAAUGAAGUAAACUUGUCCAACAAAAUCGUUGGAAAUUCGUCGUUUUGAAACUUGUUUUCACUCUCUGACUCAACAGGAAUAAAAAUGUACUUGGAGGGUCUUAAAGGUAACAUC